AUGGCCGACCGUCAUGAUCCUCUAAAGAGUCUAAUAAACAGUCUCCCCGAAGAAAUCACAUUGAAUAUUUUUUCUAGGUUGCCAGUUGAGUCGGUAUUAAAUUGCAAACAAGUAUGUAAAUCUUGGAGAAAUUUCUUACAGUUUCAUGUUAAUACUAAUACUUACUUUGCUUAUCAACAUCUACAGCGACAGCAUGGUUGUGGAUUAACUCACACGCAAGAGCAGAAUCGUGAUGGUUCUGAUGCUGCAAUACAGACUUUCGUUGCCUUUAACAGAGAUGUUCAAGCACUCUAUCAUGAAGAGUACCAUGAGGACCGCAAGGUUGGUGACAAUCAGCCUAUAUACCGCAGGAGAAGGAUCAACAUCAAAUUCCCGGCAUGCAAGCAUAUCGUUGGCUCUUGUAAUGGAUUAAUCUGUUUAAUAUCCCGGACAAAUUACAAUGGAGUCUCUAUAUUCCCCCACAUACCAAGCCACAGUCCUGAGUCUCCUGACGAACCUUCGUACAUAUGUAAUCCGGUUACCAGAGAAUUUGUGCACCUUCCACGAAUAUACAUCGAUAAGAAGAAAAUCGAUCUAGGUGUUCACAUUAUAUGUGGCUUUGGCUACCACCCUCUAACUAAUGCGUAUAAGGUCGUUAGAAUCUCAUAUUUCGGAUUACCUCGAAGCAGGGGAGUGGUUGAGAUAUAUAAGCUUGGGAGUGACAGCGGGUGGACAAGUGCAGGAGAAACCAACUUGUUUUUUGAAUCUGUUUAUCAUUCCCCUAGUGUUUGUUGGAAUGGAUCUCUUUAUUGGCUACACAAAGAAUCAGGGGGGAUUGUAGCAUUUGAUCUGGCGGACGAGAAAUUCCACUCGGUCCCUAACCCGCCUGGCCUAUUAAACACGAACCGUAGACUCUGUGUUUUGAGAAGUUGUUUGUGUCUUAUUACUGUCCCAGCUGAUCCUGAGAUCGGUUAUAGGGAUUAUUACAACGUGUGGUUCUCAAAGGAUAAUGUUAGUAGUUACCGCAGUAUAGAACAAUCUUAUAAGUCUCGAAACUGGAGAAAAAUGUUCAGGAUGAAAUCCUUUCUGGAUAUCUGGAACACACUGUAUUUUUUAUUUGCUCUUACAAAAGAGGAUGAAUUAUUAUUUCCAAUUAAAGGGAUCACCCGACAUGACUUAAAGACACAAAAAGAUGAAAAAAUAUGGGUCCUUGAAGAACGCGACAGGAUUCAGCAGGUACCGUUACCUCACAUCUGCAGCUUCAUUUCACUGAAAGCACUAGGGGAAAGAAACGUCGAGAUGUUUUUAGGAGCGCCAGGCAACAAUGAACUUAAUCUCCAUGCUUCCGUCAAUACUCGUUGA